AUGGUGCGCAUCCUGGUGCUCGUCGCCGCCCUGGCGUCGCUCGCCGCCGUCCAGGGGGCGGUGCCCCACCGCAGCCCAGCCGCGGCGGCUCAGCGGCACGUCGACCUGGACACGCUUUUGCAGAGUCUCCGAGCGAAACUAGAGGCCGAACAGAGGGCGGUCUCGGAUCGCAGCCCUCUUCCAGAUUUCCACAAGCACAUCGAUGUGGACGCGUUUCUGCAGAAACUCAGGACAAGCCUGGAGCAUAAAGAGGGGGCGGCCUCAGACCGCAGCCCUCAUCCAGAGGUCCUUGAACGUCAUCCGGACAUCGACCUAGAGACGCCUGAGCUCAUCCAGAAGUAUGGCUACCCAGUGGAGGAGCACUUCGUUACAACAGCAGACGGUUACAUCUUGCGCAUGUACCGAAUUCCUUCGAGCCCCAAGGCGACGUACCCUUCCAAGUAUCCAAUCCUGGUGAUGCACGGCUUGGAGUCCAGCGCCGCCGACUGGGUGGUCAUGGGCCCCGACAAGGCCUUCGCAUACAUUCUGGCGGACGCUGGUUACGACGUGUGGCUCGGAAACGCUCGUGGCAACAAAUACUCAAGGAAUCACACUACCUUAAACCCGGAUAAGAGCGAUUUCUGGCAGUUUAGUUGGCACGAGAUCGGCUACUUCGACCUGCCCGCCAUGAUCGAUUACAUUCUCGAUCAGACUCGGCGAACUGAUCUGUUCUACGCCGGCCACUCCCAGGGCACCACAUCCUUCUACGUCAUGGCCUCUACGCGCUCCGACUACAACGCCAAGAUUCGCGUCAUGUUCAGCCUGGCCCCUGUCGCCUUCAUGGAUAACAUGGCCAGCCCUCUUUUCCAAAUCCUGGCACAGUUCGUUGAAAUCUUGUCGGUGCUGACCCAACUGAUUGGCCUGAAUGAGUUCAACCCGAACAACGAAUUCAUGCAGUUGGUGACGGAGCUGAUGUGCAGCGAUGGGGCGUUCACGCAGGACAUAUGCAGCAAUCUCAUGUUCAUGAUUGGUGGGUUCAACGAAGCUGAGAUGAACAAGACUAUGCUCCCAGUAAUCCUGUCACACACACCCGGUGGUGCCUCCAGCAAACAGUUCAUCCACUACGGUCAAGAAAUCAAAAGCGGCCAUUUCCGGCAGUACGACUUCGGUGCAUUCGGCAACCUGCAGAAGUACGGCAGCUUCUGGCCGCCAGACUACGACCUGACCAAGAUCACUGCCAAAGUGGUUCUCCUGUACAGCAGCAACGACUGGCUAGCGGCUGUGAAGGACGUUAACAGAUUAUACGAGAAGUUACCCAACUGCAUCUUUAAAUUCCUCGUGGAGCAAGAAACCUUCAAUCAUCUCGACUUUCUUUGGGCAAUCCAUGCCAAAGAGUUGGUCUACGAUUAUGUCCUUCAUAUCAUGGCCUUAAAUGUGUAAAUUGUGAUAAAAAUUUGAGAACAUAGUAUCUGUUUUGUUAUUGUUUGUAGGCCUCAAAAACUGUAAGCAGUCUUCUUAAUUUCUGUCUUCUAUUCGACUUUUAUGAUUUCUGAAAAAUACUGUGCGCACUUUCGUUCGACAUAUUCAAAUUACCAGUAUUUAGGUCUUUUUUCCGGUCCAUUGUAAUGAAUCAUC